AUGAAGUGGCUACUGUUCUUGGGGGCCCUAAUUGGGCCCAGCAUCUGUGGCCGAGAGAAGUUUUUUGGGGACCAAGUUUUUAGGAUUAAUGCCAGAAAUGGAGACGAAAUCAGCAAACUGAGUCAACUGGUGAAUUCAGAUAAUUUAAAGCUCAAUGUCUGGAAGUCUCCCUCCACCUUUGGCCGUCCUGUAGAUAUCCUGGUGCCAUCCGUCAGUCUGUUGCCCGUCAAAUCCUUCCUGAGAUCUCAAGGAUUAGAAUUCUCCGUGACCAUUGAGGACCUGCAGGCUCUUUUAGAUCAUGAAGACGAAGAAAUGCAACACAAUGAAGGGCAAGAACGAAGCAAUAAUAAUUUCAACUAUGGGGCCUACCACUCACUAGAAGCUAUUUACCGUGAGAUGGACAGCAUUGCCGAGGAAUUCCCAGAGUUGGCUAGCCGGGAGAAAAUCGGACAUUCGUUUGAAAACCGGUCGAUGUACAUCCUAAAGUUCAGCACCGGAGGAGGCGGGCGCCGGGCUGCAGUGUGGCUGAACGCAGGCAUCCAUUCCCGGGAGUGGAUCUCCCAGGCUACUGCCAUCUGGACUGCAAGGAAGAUUGCGUCUGAUUAUGGCAAAGACCCGGUUAUCACCUCCAUUUUGAAGAAAAUGGAUAUUUUCUUGUUGCCCGUGGCUAAUCCUGAUGGAUAUGUGUAUACACAGAACCGAAACCGGAUGUGGAGGAAAACACGCUCCCUGAAUCCUGGCAGCUCCUGUGUUGGGGUUGACCCCAAUAGGAACUGGAAUGCUAGUUUUGCAGGUAAGGGAGCCAGUGACAACCCCUGUUCGGAAGUGUACCACGGACCCCACGCCCACUCAGAGGUGGAAGUGAAGUCGGUGGUUGAUCUGAUCCAGAAGCACGGGAACUUCAAAUGCUUCAUCGACCUGCAUAGCUACUCCCAGCUGCUGAUGUAUCCAUACGGCUACACGGCCAAGAAGGCCUCGGAUGCUGACGAGCUGGACAAGGUGGCAAAGCAUGCAGCUGAAGCCCUAGCUUCCCUGUCGGGCACCGAGUACCAAGUGGGGCCCACCAGUACCACCGUCUAUCCUGCGAGCGGCAGCAGCAUCGACUGGGCAUACGAUCAGGGCAUCAAGUAUGCCUUCACUUUUGAAUUGCGAGAUACCGGGCACUACGGCUUCCUCCUGCCGGCCAACCAGAUCAUCCCCACGGCGGAGGAGACCUGGCUGGGGCUGAAGGUCAUCCUGGAACAUGUCCGGGACAACCUCUAUUAG